AUGCCUAAGUUGGUUCCAGUUGUUGUCUACUCUUCCAAUUCUCCUACUGGUAGCUCCACAGAACAAAGUGGUGGUGGUGGUGGCGGGAAGGGUGUGGCUGGGGGUAAUGGUGGUGGUGGUGGUGGUGGUGGGGAAGGUGAUGGUGACGAAGAUGGUAGUAAUGGUGGUGGUGACGGGGAUGGUGGAAACCCCACUGAUGGUGAACAUGUUGAAGAAGUGUGUGAGGAAGGGUGCGAUACGAAGGAUGCUGACAUCUUUAAACGAGACGACAAUGGAGGAUCGUGUGGCUCCAAUGGGCAAUGCGGAGGAGACCCUGCUCCCUGUACCCCUACAGCUCCUGCGCAUGGUACUCCACCUCGAGCUCCUCCUCCUCCACCGAUCCCAGCCCCACGAGCACCUAUGCCAAACCCUAGAACACCACUUGCUCCAGCACCUCCGCGUGCCCCAAGGCCCCGAUCCCCGGCCCGGGCACCCAAAGCACCUGUCAUGGGCGCUCCUGCCCGGGCUCCUCCAGCUAGAGACCAACCGGCCCUCGUCCCCUCAGCUGGAGCUCAUGAUGCUGUAGAUGGGGUAGAUGGCACUAAUGACGCAACUGACGGAGGAUUUGAUGGAGGAAGCAUAGGAGGAGCAGGUUGUGGAAGCGACAGCAGCGAGGAGUGUGACAUCUCUUCACCAGGAGAUGUCGAACCAUCAGAGGGAGGACACGGCGGAGAGGUAACCGAAGGAGAGGUAGACAUUCAUCUAUCCCCUGGGAGAAAUACACCUGCUGCAGCUCCAGUUAGACCCCAUGUCGCAGCCCCAUCUCCACGUCAUCGAAUCUCCAACACUAUUCCUAGAGCUCCUCCCCCAGCUCCCCGCUCUCCCGCUCGCCGUCCAGCGGCUCCAUCCGCUCCUCCACGAAGGCCGGCUCCUCCACCUGUCGUCCCAAAAGCGCCCAAACCAAAAGCACCGAUCCCUCCUCCUCCACCUCCUCCUGCUCCGAAGCCAUCACCGAAAGCGCCAGCUCCGGAACCUGAGACACCAAGUAGAGAUAAGGAAUGCGGGGAAAAUGGAGAAAAUGGAGGGACAAGUAACGGAUGCGACGCUCCAACUAAUGAUAAUGGAUUUGCUGACGAGCCUUGUGAGAUUUGUCCUCGUCUUUUCAUCGCUCAACCGAUGCAAGUGUGUGGGACUGACGGACAAACUUACAGAAGUUCAUGUGAUCUACGACAUUCGGCGUGUGUAAGGAAGGAUCAUCGUCUUAAACAGAUUAGAAACGGACCCUGUUAG